AAUGUCGCCGUUUGCCUAUGACAUCGAUAAAGACGUUAACCGUCGCGAAAUAACAGCCGCUUCCUGUCUCGCUCUUGUCAUCUGCUGUGAGCUAGCCGACGGCUAACCAGGAUGUUGCUAGUUAUUUGCAUGACAACAAGGAAAACUCGAGUUCUUCAACCGCGCAAGCUUCUAGGACCAUGGGCAAAAAGUGAGCAAUGGCUAUGGAAGGAAAAGGUCCGUACCGAAUAUACGAUCCAGGCGGUACUGAUGUCAAGACAAGAGAUGAGAUGGCAGGUGGAACCAGUUAUCGCCAGCUUCUGGAGGAGAACGGAUUGUUGAGGGAGAGGAUGAAAGGUCUCAAGAGCCUAGGUGAUUUGCUGGAGGAGUCUCAGUCGGAGGCGUCAAGGCUUCGGCAGCGGGUGGAAGAGCUCGUGAGAGACAAUGAGGCCCUAAAGUCGUCCAGUUUUGCUGCCAGUCUGUGUGCGGCAGGGGCCUGCCAAUCUGAGAUGCAAAGUAGACUCUGCUUGCACCCAGCUGCCGAACAGAAGGAGGAGCAAAUGAGCUGCUUAGGGAAGACCCUUCAGCCGGAGAAACCCAACGAGGCCUUAAAUGAGUUGGAGGUUGGAAACUCGCAGGGGAAGACAUCAGAUGCUUUGACGGCCCGGUCUGUAGUAAUUCCCCUCUUGCCUCAGGAGAACAACGAGCUCGCCAGCCAGUUAAAGAAAUUGGAAAGCUCCUUCAGCAUAUUUGCUGAAGAGUCCAAUCCAAACCAGCUGUUGGCGCAUCUGGGUCGAAUGGCCGUGGAGUUUCACCAUCUUUCCUCAAAGGUGCAGAAGAAUGAACAGCGGACCUCCCUUCUACAGACUCUCUGUGAGCAGCUCAGACAGGAGAACAAUGAGCUGCGAAAGAAAAUGGAAGAGGAUCAUCACAUAAGGAAUCGUGACUUGGAACAGCUGAGACAAGAGAAUCAGAAACUAAAAGAGCUGGUCACAGGAGGCGCAGCAACAGUCACAGCAUCAGCUGCAGCGUCAGACUCUGAAACUACAGACACCAAAGAAGAGCCAGUUAAGGAGGAAUCCGCUGCUGUACGACCCAAGAUGGACGUCACCACCCCACAGAAGAGUGGGAAAGCUUCAGAGAAAACACCAACCAAACAUUGUGAUCCAGAGGUUUAUGAGAAGAAAAUCAAACUUUUAGAGAAGCAGAGAAAAGAUGUGCUGGAGGUGAACAAGCAGUGGGACAUUCAGUGGAAUUCAAUGAAGACCCAGUUUGAACAGAAGAUCACAGACCUCAGACAACGGCUCGCUGAGUCCCAAAAGACUGUGCUCGAACUAGAAGCAGAGCGAGAGCAGAGGCAGCGGGACUAUGAUAAGAAACUUCUGCUGGCCAAGUCCAAAAUUGAAAAUGUACAGGGGGAGAAGGAAUGCUUAAACUCUGAGACCACAGAGCUGAAACAGAAAAUUCGCUACCUGCAGGACCAGCUGCUGCCACUCAGCAAACAAAGAGAGUACCAGGAGAAGGAAAUCCAACGCCUCAACAGGGCUUUAGAAGAAGCCCUGAACCUGCAGUCCACGUCCUCGUCCCAGCAACCGCCUGGCCAGGCUAACUUCACUGAGGCAGCCCAUAAUCUGAAGAAACAAGAACUUCUCACGCAAAUAGCAGUGUUGAAAGAGCAGGUGAAGAUCUUUGAGGAAGACUUUAGAAAAGAAAGGAGUGACCGGGAGCGGAUGAAUGAGGAGAAGGAAGACCUGAGACGACAAGUCGAGAGGCUUCAGGGUCAAAUUACUAACUUGACAAAUCAGCUCCAUCAGGCACAAAACGAGUGUCAGAGAGAACGAACGGAGAGAUGUAAACUGGAAAGACUUCAGAUGCAACACCACAAGCAGGGGCAGCAGCAGGAAAGGCGUACCUCAGACCCCACAUCAGGCUCAGUGAACGGCCCGCUGAGUCCUCCCUACUGUGGUCCCUUUGUGCAGGUGGGACAGCAGGGCCUUGAGGGCUGGCCCGUACACUUCCCUCCCCGGAUGCCCAAUGCAGCGGCCGCAGCGGCACCGCCCCCUGUACGAGACUUCCAGCCUAUUAACCCGGGUUUCCCUUGGCAGUCAUCAUUCCCACAACCCAGAGGGGCCAGAGCUGUUGGAGAGAGUUCCCGGCCGCCACCUGAGAAUGCAGACCAAUCAUCAUCGGCGGCGGCUGCAGCGGCAGCCACGUCAGCGGGAUUCGGCAAAAGGGAGCGACAGAAUAUUGACCCCGGAAAGCACUAAAGCAUCACACGCCUCAUGGAAACUAGGUAGUAGCAUGAAAUUGGUUUGUUUUGAUUUGAAAAGGUGUGAUUUUACCUAUAAUUUUCCUACUGAACUGUAGAUAUGAUUGUAAUGUUGUUUAUACUUGCGUUUUAUAAGGCUUUGUGAAACACUUCGCUAUUUGCUAAAUAUAUAUAAAUAUAUAUACACACACACACACAAAUAUUACUUUGAUUUUUCUUUACCAUAAAAUGAAGUCAUUUUUUUUCGAUGGGUUGGAAUUCUUCAUUUUCCUUUCUUCAAAUGAAAUUCUGAUGCUCCACGGCUGCAAGCCCUCUGCCAGGGUUGCAGGACGCCCCACCCCCCAAUCGAAAGCUCGUCCGCUCAUUCCAGCAGCGAAUGGCUGGGUGAGUCCCGCCGCAGCGUCGGACUCCUCCGUGCCAUUGCUGCUCGAGAAAUGUCCCUUAUGUGUAAUCGUUGAAAAGUGGUUGUCGAAAUACGAAAUUUUGAGAAUUGAAUCUUGAUGGUAUCACGCCACAAACAUACUGGUGAUUAUUUAUUUAUAUCCUGCUGUUUUUGAUAGUUGCAUUGACUCAGUGUAAUUCAUUCAGUGAUGCUGUUCUAUGUUGUUAGUGUAUCCCAAUAUAUCGUAGCUCUGACAUUGUACGUUUGUGUCCGACACCAUGCACACAGCAUUUGCAAUCUUUCUUUCUUCUCUCUCGCUCCACCACGAUGGACCUAAUCUCAUUAAACACUGCACUUUGACUUGAUUUCCGUUUGAUUUGACCACUCAGUCGUAGUUGUCCUGUCGCUGCACUCCUUCUCACAGAUGGGCUGCCAACGUGUCGCUGGCUACAUUCACACGCACGUACUCGUUUCAAGAAUCGGAUUGUAGUCUUUAAAGUGGGUUUAAAGUUAAAGGCACCAAAUGAACAUUGCCUCAACCUGUUUGCUGGCAGGACCUUAUUUUAUGGCCAUGUUCUUCCACCACAGCUGUGUGGUUUUGCUUUGUAAGCUGUAGUUUUUCAGAAACUACUACAUCAAAGUAUUAAACUUAAGAACCUUGAGUUAUGUCCUAGACAACAUGUACAUUGAAGUAAUCCUCAUAAUUGGAGGGUUUUUUUUAAACUGACUGGUGUCGUGUGAAUGUAGCCAAAGCUGUUUAACGCCAGCUCUCUGCUGCACUUGAUAUCAAACUUCCAUGUUUCCCCGAAGCUGCAUGGAGAGGUGGAACGACAGGAACAACCAAUCAUUAAUGACCAAAUAAACUGUAGUUAAAACCACUCCAGCGAAAGGUGCGAGGGAAGUACCAGACCACACACACACACACACACACACACACACACGUGUAGUAUCUGUCACUAGCAGAACAAUUGCUUCCUGAAAUGCAACAUUGGUGGGACUGCACUUAGUACAUUGUGUUCGACUGGCAGUUGUGUUUGGUUCAUGAGCAGCCAUUUCUUCUGUUCAGCUGUAGGCAAGAAGCACAUGUGAGACUUUUUGUAUUUGACUGGCUUAAUAAAUCUCUUCUAAAUGUUUCACAAUCUUAA